AUGGUUGAGCGCUACGUUCGAAUUCGUCAAGAUAUCAAGAAGGUAGUCGCCGUGGAGGAACUGAUUCCGACAGGUGGGAAACACCGCAAGCUUCUCGCGUUGUUCGAGCAUAUAAAGACGUUUGAGAACGUGUGCAAGAGGCUUCAGCGGGACGAAACCAACAUGGCGGAUGUGCGGCUUCUGUUUGACUCUCUCGUUGGCAAGUACCCUGUCAUGGGUGAGCACUUGAAAAGUGCAGCCAAGAUCGCCCAUACACCAGCGUUCGAGGCUGGUGUUGUCAAGGUAAUCAACCGCUCAGCGCUAUCGACGGCAGAAACGACAGCAUUGAAGAGAACACCAUAA